AUGGUGUCUAGAGAACAAUUAUCGGUUAUGAUCAAACACCACCUUGGUCUACUCGCUUUUGGCGAUGAGGACGAUUAUCCCGUUAAGUGGGCCGUAUACGAAUCUCCUUUAGGAGGUAGGGGACUGGUAGCUACUCAGGAUAUCAAGGCCGGUGAAGUUUUAUUUGUUGAUUAUCCAUUAGUUUACGGACCCCGGUCCGGAAUUACUGUGCAACAAGGAUGUACGGUCUGCAAAAAUAUUGAUAGUGAUAUAUUUUUUAAAUGUUCGAAGUGUUCAUUAACUUUGUGUUCCGUGCAAUGUCAAAACAGUGAAUUCCAUUCAAGUGACUGUAGUAUAAUUUCCCGUUGGCCGAACAAAGUGCCAAUUGAGGAAGUUGACGAAACUCUUUUAUCACGCGCACUGACUGCAAUACGAGCACUGUUAUUAAAUGAAGAUCAAAAAUACUUUUUGACUUCCUUACAAGCGAAUAGACUACCACAGUAUGGCAGCGAAAUAAGAGAUUUGAAACAAUACUUCGAUAUUCCCUCACACGAAGAAGAAUUCAUGAUCUUAGUGACAUGUGUUCUUAACACAAAUGCAUUUCAGAUGGCAACACAGUAUGGUAAGAAGGAAAUGAGUUUACGUGGAUUAUAUCCUGUGGCAUCAAUUUUAAAUCACAGCUGUGUACCAAACACUAGAAACUGUUUUAAUGGUGACUUACAAAUGACCGUUAAGGCCACGAAAACGAUAGACGCCGGUAGCGAAAUAUUCACAUGUUACUCGGGAAUGCUUUGGGGAACACCAGCCCGACGUCUAUAUCUAUAUAGAACAAAGCAUUUCUUGUGUGAUUGUGAUCGUUGCGCGGAUCCAACUGAAAGAGGGACGUUACUAGCUGCCCUGAAAUGUUUCUCACCAGACUGCCAAGGCUCACUAUUACCGAUACAUCCAUUAAAAACGACAACAGCUUGGCGCUGUCUAGAAUGUGGAAUGAGAGUGCCAAAUGAUAACAUUUGUGUUAUACAAAGCGCGUUAGGAAGUCUUAUGGGAUCAUUGGAUUUGAAAAAUGUUGAUGAAUUAGAAAAUUUCUAUUUAAACAGAAUCACCAGAUACGUUCCAAGAACAAAUCAAAUAGUAUUGGAUCUGCAAUGUCGUCUCAUUUGGGAGCUUGGCGAAACGGAUGGACUUCGAUGGAAUGGUAAGUUUACGGAACAUAAAUAUUCCCAAAAAAUAUUUUAA